AUGUCUUUCUCAAAUUCAAUUCGUAUUCCUCUAGUCUUGCAAAGUGUUGAUGUAUUCACAUUUGAAGAAUCAUCUCUUUUUGGUUAUGAUUCAUUAAAUAAGUGUCUUGUCGUUCAUUCAUUAAUUGAAUUGAACAAUACGAAUGAUCCACAAUUUGAUUGUUUACAUUUAUCUUCAUCUCCAACAUCUUCUAUUCGACGAUUAAUUUUAAAUCCAGAUGAAACUAUUCUCGCUCUCAUUGACGAUACAACAGCUUAUCUUGUGUAUUUACCACAGCCAAACAGUUCACCAUCAAAAGGUUGUCGUUUGUGUCCUGUAAAUGUUAUUCCUUCAUUACCAUCAAAUUCGACAUUAAUAAAUAAUUCUUUAAUCGAUUUUAUUUGGUUAUCUUCAAUACACAUGAUUAUUCUUUAUUCGAAACCAUCAUCAUCUGAAUGUCAUCUUUAUAAAGUUCGACCAUCAAAACCUGAUGGAAUUGAAUAUCUUCAAAAAUUUGAUGUUGAUUCAUCAUCAGCAAAAGAACAAACAAAUAGUGGAACAACAAAGAAAAGAAUUUCUCUUCGUCAAUCAUCAGAUAUUGUCAAAUUAGAUUUAGUUAAAAGAAGACAAGAUUUAAGAUUAAUUGUUCUUUUUGCUAUGAAAACUAAUGGAGAUAUUUUUAUUAUGGAAACUGAUCAAAAUCAAUUAGUAAAUAAUGAAAAACGAAUGACAUCAGAAUUUGUUGGUCCUAUUUGUAUUCUUCCAUCAACAUAUGAUAAUUAUGGUGCUGAUUAUAGUGAUUCAAAUCUAUUAUGUUUAUCUUGUUCACCAUAUCCAAUAGUUCUAUUUACAUGUGGUAUAAUGUCAAAUAAAUGA